CACUUGUUCAAUUCAUUACCUCUAUUGUGCUCUUGCCAUUAUUUCCAAGGCUAAGGAGUGGGUGAGGAUAACCCCAGAAACAGAAACCCACCCUCACCCUCACCCUCACCCUCACUUCACUUCCCACACACCAUGUUCUAAACUCUGAUACCUCACAACACACACACAAUGCAAACCAUGUCAACCACCAUGGCUUCGUUUUCCCCUCUGACUCGUUUCUCAGCCACUCUUUCUUCCUCAAACUCCAAACCCCAUCUCACCCAAAACCAUUUUUUCUUCACUCUCAGGCCAAAAAACCUUCCUCUUUCUCCCUUGAAGUGGAAGGCUUCUUCUGACAAUGGAGCAGGAGCUUCUGAUUCAGCUGCAACUGCAGUGGAAUCGCCGCCGGAGAAAAUCUCUGUUGGGACAAAUGGGUCUGCUUCAUCUGCUGCUGCUGCUGCAGCUGAGGAGUUGAAGAUUCCCGGUGGUUUUGAGGACCCAAGAUGGGUUGCAGGCACAUGGGACUUGAUGCAGUUCCGGAAAAAUGGCAGCACCGAUUGGGAUGCUGUUAUCGAUGCUGAGGCAAGGAGGAGAAAGUGGCUCCAGGAUAACCCAGAAUCAAGCAGCAAUGAAAAUCCUGUGGUUUUUGACACCUCCAUCGUACCUUGGUGGGCAUGGAUAAAAAGGUUCCAUCUCCCUGAAGCUGAACGUCUUAAUGGUCGCGCUGCAAUGAUAGGAUUCUUUAUGGCAUAUCUGGUUGAUAGCUUGACAGGAGUAGGUCUAGUUGAUCAAACGAACAACUUCGUUUGCAAAACUCUUCUAUUCAUAGCCGUGGCAGGAGUACUUCUGAUCCGAAAGAAUGAGGACCUUGAAAAUCUUAAGAAGCUGUUCGAUGAGACUACAUUUUAUGACAAGCAAUGGCAAGCAACUUGGCAGGAUGAGAACUCAAACACUUCCAAAAAAGAGUAGUUGAAUACUGGAAUUGCUGUUAAGUAGUUCACUAGUUCUCCCCCACCCCCUUCUUUCUCUUAAUAUAGUGCUCUAGACAUGAAUAUGAAUUAGACCUUGUAUUUCAAUUCCUUUUCUUAUUCAGAGUGCUUAAUGACCCAAAUAGUUUUUUUUGUGCUUGGCAAGAUGCAAUGCUGGAUUUUUCUCUA